AUGGCGAGGAUGAGGAGGGGCGCGGGCGAGGACGAGGGCGAGGACGAGGGUCAAGAUCAACAGGGUCAAUCAUCGCAAGUUGCUCUAGAUGAGAAGGCAACAGUCAUGAAGCUUUUUCAAGCCAACAAGAAAGAGGAACAAGAUACCGACAAGCAUCAAGAAGCAGCCAAUCAGCAGAAACAGGAACAAGCUAAUAACGAUGAUAAUGUUGGUGCUGAUAUUCAUCUGCAGAAAGUUGUGCACAGCGCUGCAGCAGGGACUACUCCAGUGUUGCCUCGUGCAUGGUUGGUGGCGAGGGAGCUCCUUAGCAUCAACGAUGAAGCAGAACGUUGGGGCCUCAUCGCCAAUGUGUGGGCAGAGAUGCUUUACUAUGUCGCGCCUCGCUGCGGCUGUGCUUUCCACUACGAGCAUCUUAGCACCGGUGGGGAGUUCAUCACCCACCUUCUCCUUCUCAUGAAAUUUCUAGGUCCUUUUCUGCCACCCCCUGAUACCUGA